AUGAAGACUGCACAUAUUGUAUUUGUGGUUCUUGUAUCUUUUCUUUGCGUCUGUCAUUGCAAAGAUCUUAUUGUUGGAACCAGUUUUAACGGUCGAUUGCUCUGGCAAGAAAAAGCAGAAUACAAUGCCAUCCCGCUCAAAAAGAGAGUCAAGGAAGUAUUCUAUUCGGAUCCAGGACAACAAAUUAUUAAGGGAAUAAUUGCAAGGGAUUUGGACCACACAGAUGCCAUUGCUACAAUAACCGCGGGAGGAGUAGGACAGUCGUACGCGAAUAUAAGACUCAAGAGUGAAAGGGGAUCAGGUCUUAACUACCAAAUUGAAAUAUACGUUUAA